AUGCCCAUGCUCAUGCCCAUGCCUAUGCCCAUGCUCAUGCCCAUGCCUAUGCCCAUGCUCAUGCCCAUGCCCAUGCCCAUGCCUAUGCCCAUGCUCAUGCCCAUGCCCAUGCCCAUGCCUAUGCCCAUGCUCAUGCCCAUGCCCAUGCCUAUGCCUAUGCCCAUGCUCAUGCCCAUGCCCAUGCCCAUGCCUAUGCCCAUGCUCAUGCCCAUGCCCAUGCCUAUGCCUAUGCCCAUGCUCAUGCCCAUGCCCAUGCCCAUGCCUAUGCCCAUGCUCAUGCCCAUGCCCAUGCCCAUGCCUAUGCCCAUGCUCAUGCCCAUGCCCAUGCCCAUGCCUAUGCCCAUGCUCAUGCCCAUGCCCAUGCCUAUGCCUAUGCCCAUGCUCAUGCCCAUGCCCAUGCCCAUGCCUAUGCCCAUGCUCAUGCCCAUGCCCAUGCCUAUGCCUAUGCCCAUGCUCAUGCCCAUGCCCAUGCCCAUGCCUAUGCCCAUGCUCAUGCCCAUGCCCAUGCCCAUGCCUAUGCCCAUGCUCAUGCCCAUGCCCAUGCCCAUGCCUAUGCCCAUGCUCAUGCCCAUGCCCAUGCCCAUGCCUAUGCCCAUGCUCAUGCCCAUGCCCAUGCCCAUGCCCAUGCCCAUGCCCAUGCCCAUGCCCAUGCCCAUGCCUAUGCCCAUGCUCAUGCCCAUGCCCAUGCCCAUGCCUAUGCCCAUGCUCAUGCCCAUGCCCAUGCCCAUGCCUAUGCCCAUGCUCAUGCCCAUGCCCAUGCCCAUGCCCAUGCCCAUGCCCAUGCCCAUGCCCAUGCCCAUGCCCAUGCCUAUGCCCAUGCUCAUGCCCAUGCCCAUGCCCAUGCCUAUGCCCAUGCUCAUGCCCAUGCCCAUGCCCAUGCCCAUGCCCAUGCCCAUGCCCAUGCCCAUGCCCAUGCCCAUGCCUAUGCCCAUGCUCAUGCCUAUGCCCAUGCCCAUGCCCACAUGUCACACUCACCACUCUCCCAACGCUCCCGCUUUCGCUCGUCCCCACUCCCUUCCACACACCACCACACGGCCUGCACGUGCAUGCACCUGUGUGGGGGCGGGUAUAUUGGCGCUGCCAGCAGUGACGAGCGAGGCGGGCUUUCUGCCCUCCAGCGCCACCUGCAUUGUGUGCUGGCUCUACAUGGUGGCCACGGGCAUGCUGAUAGCGGAGGUCAAUGUGAACACCAUGUGCGAGCUCGGCUCCGGAGGAGUCUCACUGGUGUCCAUGGCACGGCGCACACUGGGCACGGCAGGGGUGCGUGUAGCAGGCACCACGUACCUGCUCAUCCACUACGCCGUCAUCACAGCCUAUGUCUCUCGCUCCGCCGACAUCAUCAGCACUGCUGCUGCUGUCCCACACGGCCUUGCUGCCUCCCUCUUCACCAUCUCCUUCGGCGCCCUCUGCUACUUCGGCAGCCAGCGGGCCAUAGGGCUGGUGAACGGCAUGCUGGUGGCGGGCAUAGUGCUGUCCUUCGCCUUCCUGCUCGCCUUCUCCCUCGCUGACAUCCACCCCCAAGCCCUGCUUGCCGCCAACAUCGCUGCCGUUCCUGCCAGCGUCCCCAUCAUCGCCCUCUCCUUCGUCUACCAGAACGUGGUGCCAGUGGUAGCAACGAACCUAGAGGGCAAUCUACCGCGCAUCCGCACAGCCAUCCUAGCAGGCACAGCGCUCCCACUCCUCAUGUUCCUGCUCUGGGACGCCGCCAUCCUCGGCACCGCUCCAAUCCCACCCCCUCCUCAACCACUCGUCGAUGUCCUCGCCAUGGCCUCCGAUACCGCUGCUUCUGCUGCUGCGGCUGCGCCGUCUGCUGCGGUGGCUGCUGCGGAAACCAUGAAGGUGGUGGAUCCUCUGGCUCGCCUGCAGCAGAUUGACCCUUCCGUAGGGGGGGCGGUGCAGCUGUUCUCCUUCUUUGCUAUAGCCACGUCCUACAUCGGCUUCAUCCUCGGCCUCUCUGACUUCCUUGCUGACGCGCUCAAGCUCCCAUCAGGCCGGGGGCGAACCCCUCUGCCGUACAUCCUCACACUUGCUCCUCCGCUCGCCUUCUCUCUCUCCAACCCCGACCUCUUCUUCACUGCUCUCGACCUUGCGGGCACAUACGGAGGUGGGUGA